CAAAACAGUUGUGCCCUCCAGCACCGAGCGGCCCUCCGGCCCACACACGUACACAGAGAGUAAGUGACACGCACCACAGAGUAGUGAGUCAGUCAGUGAGUGAGUCAGUUGGACGCCUCGCGAGUCUCGUUGUGUGCGUCGAGGACCACGGCCAGCAGGUGGAGCACCACAGCUGACGACAGCUUGAACAGGGCCUCGCACGCCAGCUCGCAGGAAACCUUGGACGCCUCCGGCAGACUCAUCGCCGUCUGGUCACGGCACCAACACACACAGAGAGAUCCGUGUGCGAAUCGGACCGGACACCAUUGCGUGCGUGUCCUGUCUAUGUGAGUCGAGUCGUCUUGCGUGGGAACGUACCUCGAUGAAGGCUGUGGCCCUCUGGACGUCCGGCCGGUGCAUCAGCCCCUUGAUCCAUGCCGCCCUCGCAGACCUCGAGCCCUCACAGGGACACUCAGAUAUGGCCGUCAGACACGCAGGCGCACUCGCCCCGGCCCUUCCUCCUCUGCUCUUGCCCCGUGGGCUCGACGAGACAGCCGGCGGCGAACCAGGUGACGCGGCACUCGACACGACGUCAAGCAUCGUCAGGAGGCUGACCACCACUUCCUGACGAGCCACGCUCUCAGCGAAGUCGCCAUACUCUCGCAGUAUGACCGUUAGCUGGUGGCGCUGGGGAUGGUGCUCCAUGCGGCACCUCAGGUUGGUGAGGGCGGCGCUCACGGGGGAGGGGGCACAUGAGGCAUGCCGGAGGUGCAGGGAGUGCUCCUCGAAUGCGAUGCGCUGUCGAACCACACGGUCGGCGAGGACGGGGAGUUUUUGGGCAAGCUUGGCCGCCCUCUCAAGCCUGAAAGACACAUGGCAAGACAGAUGUCACCAAGCAGAGAAUCUCAGCCAGUCGGUCACUGGUCGGUCGGUCGCCUCUACGUACCAAAAGUCCAAGAAAGCCGCUCGCCGGCACAGCACCUCCGAAGAAGACGGCAGCGUCCGCGCACCAUCGUCAUCAGAACGCUCUCCCGCCCUCGUCGAGGCCGUGCGUGUGCUCCGCACUGUGGUGCUCGACGUCCAGUUGCUGGUGUCGGUACUGCUGGGCGAUAGCGUCGAGGGUAAUGACUCGUAAGAGGCGCACUCUGUGGUGGCGCUGCUGAGCUGGGAGUUGUUGGACCUGGUCAUCCGGCAGGGCCUGUCUUUCCUUACGCCAACGAAAGAAGCGAUGAGACUCUGUGGCCGGACAAAGCGGCUGAGUGAGCCAGAGAGCGUCGGAGGUGAGAGGACAGACGAAUCCUGCAUCGUACAAGCCGAGACAAGCGUGAAUGAGUUGUGC